UCUCACCAUCCCGUAGGGACAAUGUCUGAGCGGGCGCCUGCCCCAGGGCCCGGCGGCUGAGAGGGCGGCAGAGAUCGGAGGGAGGUGUUCCCCUGGGCCAGGAGUCAUCCAAGGGAAAGCUGUUGAAGCAAAACCAAUCCAGGUAACCCCUCCGGAGCCAUUAUUCCCUUUCCAGCAGAAGGAGCUGGCAGCUGAAAGGUAUGCCGUGACUGCCAGUGGCUUUCUGCCUAAGGGACCAGGAGAGAAUGCUCCAAUGGAGAGGUUCCAGAAAUUCAUUUUACUUCUUCUCAUCUUAACUGGUUUGCUGACAGACCUUGGCUUUUGUUACUCUAUCAUAGAAGGCCCUGCUAAUGCAACAGUCCUUGCUGGUUCAGAAGCCCACUUUAAUUGCACUGUGUCAUUAGGAUGGGUAAUUCUCAUUUGGCUGUCCAAUGGCAUUCCUGUCCUCACUGUCAUCAGUUCUCAAGGACCUGUUGUAACAUCAGAUCGCUUCACCUCUCAGAAUUACACCAGUAGCAAUGCCUUUACCUCUGAGCUGAUAAUCCAUCAGACACAGAUGAGUGACUCUGGAAAAAUUGAAUGCAGCACCCAGCAACCUGGUGGGAGCAGUUUUGCGUUUCUUUCUGUUCAAGUUAAUGGAUCUUUAUUCAUCACAAAUAGCACCUUAACAGUAAAAGAGAACAAAACAAUUGACAUUGUUUGUGAAGCCUUAGGAUGGGCUCCAGCUCCAAACAUUACUUGGAUGACAAAUGACUCUUCCAUUGAUAAGUCGAGGUAUGUUACCCAGCACAGUCAAGGAUCUAAUGACCUCCACAAUGCUCUGAGCAUCCUAACUUUGACUCCAACGGAUACCGAGAUUUUGACUUGUUUAGCUGACAUAGAAGCACUCCCUAGCCCUCAGAAUGCAAGUGUAACUGUUAUUUUUGUCAACCCUGCUACAGAAAAUGAGUACAGUGAAGACAGUGGAAGCACGAGGGUUAUUGUACUUGCAGUGGUGCUUUCAGUUCUUGGUAUUAUUCUUCUGAUCAUUAUUAUUGUGGUUGUUGUACGCUGCUCCUGCCUAAAGAAGGAAGAGUCUAUAUAUCAAAUGGAAAUAAGAAAAGCUGCAGCUGAGAAGAAAAAAGAUGCUGAUUUGGAAGACAGGCAACGGCAUGGCAGUGAGAAUCAGGGCUACAUUCCAGAGGAACUGUGGAACGCAGCAAAAAUCCCAAGAGUAACCUUCCUUGCACCAAUGUCUUCAAAGUUCACUGUCUCUGAUGCAGGUUUAUAUACCAGUUCUGUACCAAAGGUGGAGCCUCAAAAAUAUGUUGAUUAUCCAAUCAACCUAAAGAAAAUUAGAAAUGUGACACUUGUUUAGGAUGUGCUUCAGGAAAUUUCUCCAUCUGAUACAUUGUACAUGUUUGGAUGGCUUCCUGCAACAGAGAAAGGUUCUCUCAGUUUAAGCUGUUUUUCCUUUUUUUCCUCAUGUAAUGAAAUAAAAUUGCAACCUUUAUCAUGUAACAUUUGAUAUCUCAGCAAAUAGUGGACACAAAUGACAGUCUCAACUUCAGAGACAAUGGAUUUGAUGGGACUCUACAAGAGCAAGAAUCGGUGCUUUGGGUCCCAAGGAAAUCAGCAAAAGUCCUGUCAGCCAGAAAUAGUUAUCCACAGCAAGAUGAAGGACUGGAUCUGCAAGCCAUUUAUUAGGUUGGAAGACCAAGUUAAUAAUCAUAAUACUGGUUAAUGCAAUAUAUACUGCUUUUUAAUGUACUUUAUGUACAGCUGAUCGUCUUGAGAUUAUAGAGCAAUGUUCUGUAAUAUAUUUCUGUUCUGUAAUAAAAUUAAGGAUUUUUUUCAUGGGGACUGUUUCAGAACUUCUAAUGAAAGUAUUUUCAGAUCAGAAUGCAUUUGUUUCAUCCUUUUCUUAAAAGUGUUUCUCUUAAAUACCUUACAGUUUUAAAUAAAAAAACAAUCAUCACCCACAAGCCAAAAUACCCUAUUUUGAUUGAAAUGCAAAAAAAUUAAGCCGGGAAAUAUGGAUUUGAAACUCCUGACCUUGAAGAGUUGUUGCUUGAAUGCUUUAUGCCUCUGCUCUACUUGUGGGCUCAGUCUGGCAGCCAAAUGACUUGGGUUGCUGCUGGUGUUCCUGCUGGACCCUGUUUCUUCAUCAGGGACAGAGCUGAUAAUGACCAUGGGAAACGCACUUUAGCCAGCGAACCUCAACAGUAGAACAGAUCUGGCACAUGGACCCUAUACCUGUCUUCACUGGCUGAAAAUUAUGAUUUCUAGCUG